CUCUUCUCUUUGAGCCUUGUGGUUUCUGCUGUUCUCAGAGUUCAGAAAUUCUCCCCUGGAAAAGAGACAUUCCGAAGAGGCAGCGGCUGUGAUGGAGACUGCGAAGCUUCCCCCAGCCCGUGAUUCCUCCUUUCCAGGCUGUUUUUCUGACAGAUGCUUUUUGUUUUAAGCAUCUGUCCUCCGCUUUAGGAGAUCCCCCUUUCCUUUUUCCACCCCCAGUCUUACUCUGGUUUGAGUUUUCGGUUAAAACGCUAGAGCUGAUUCUUCGGCUGCCGCGGGUCGCUUCGAUGCUGUCUCUUGCUUGCAGGAUUGCUGGAUUUUGCCUUGGCCACACCGGGGAAGGGAGAGCACCCUCUUCGGAUGGACUAGGCGGACUGGCAUCUUUAGGAUUCUGGUGCCUGCUUUGGAAAUAGCUUCUUUUUCCUACUCUCUCUCUCUCACGCUCUCUCCUCUACCUGCUGGGAUCGUUUUGGAACUCCUAAGGAAUUCCUUUCCCCGCAUGCCCUGUUUUCCUCUGCCUAUUUAGGAUAUGCUCUGAAGCAAAUUGAAACUGCCAGAAAGAAAACUGAUUCUGAACUGCGGAAAGGACCAUUCCAAGCGCUCGUUGUUGCUUUUCCCUCGGAGAAAAUCAGCAGUGGCGAGAAACAUUUUUCUCUAAUGGAAUAACCCUCCAGUGCAUUGAAUGUUUUAGGGUUUCUCUGGAACAGGUCACGAUGCUGAGGUACCUGCUGGCCGUGCUCUUUCCGGCCCUGAUCCUGGCCGCACCUCCUCCCAUCAACAAGCUGGCCCUGUUCCCAGACAAGAGUGCCUGGUGCGAGGCGAAAAACAUCACCCAAAUCGUCGGCCACAACGGGUGCGAGUCCAAAUCCAUCCAGAACAGGGCUUGCCUGGGGCAGUGCUUCAGCUACAGUGUCCCGAACACCUUCCCGCAAUCCACCGAGUCUCUGGUGCACUGCGAUUCCUGCAUGCCGGUGCAGUCGCUCUGGGAAAUCGUGACGCUCGACUGCCCCAGCAACGAGGAGAUCCCCCGUGUGGACAAGCUGGUGGAGAAGAUCCUGCACUGCAGCUGCCAGGCCUGCGGGAAGGAGCCGAGCCAGGAGGGGGCGCUCUUCAACGUCUACCUGAAUGCCGACGAGAACCUGCCAGCCGAGGGGCCCAAUCCACACCCCUACGGCCACCGCCAAGCCGAGGACCUCGCCAGCCACCACCACCACCGCCAGCACGAAGAGGAGCCCGCGGACUGACCUCCACCCUCCCGGAGCUGCAGAGGACGCCCGGCCGUUCCUCCCUCGCCUCUCUCUCCCCCUCUCUUUCUCUCUCUCACUGAAAUUCCCACCCUGCUUUGCUCUUAUCCGCAUUUUGGCCGAGGGCCCAGGCCGAAGCUGGACCCCAGUCGAGGAAGCCGGGAGCCCAGGAUGCCAGUGGAGAGGACCGGGGGCUGGGAGCAGCCCCCCUAUUCCCGGAACCGCACCUUGAGCCCACCUGUCCGGGGAGGGCUUUGAGGACCUGGCUCCCUGACGGAGGGUCUUCUGGGGGACUCUCUUCCAGAGGUCAAAUUCAAAACAUUUUGGCAAACCAUGGAGAGAAGGUGGGCGUUCCUUUGCCACCUCGUCUUCGUCACACUUUUCUGGAUUGGGACCCCACCGAGCUGGAUCCUGACUGUGGGAAUUUGAUCCAAGAGGAACCCGUGGAGAGGCGAAGCAACCCAUGUUUGGGGACAUGGCUGGGGGGAAAGAAGCUGGAUCCUCCGGGGCAGGCUGGCCGCCUCCUUCAGAGUCCCGAAGGGGAACCCAUCCAGCCCCUGAGAAAUCCCAUUCAGCACUUGGGGCGAGAGCAGCCGUGUCCUGCAGAUUCCCACGGUGUUCACUCCCACCAUGGCAGUUCUGUGAGCAGGGCCAGGGGCACCUCUCUGAUCGAACAUCCCCCAGGGAGCAGAGAAUGCCUCUGCGGCCUGUAGCGCCGGUUUGGAGCCCCUUUUCCGUUCCCACUCCGCUAACAUAGAGAUGAGAAGCAAACCCAACCACUCUGGGCUGGGGAAGGCGCUGCGACCGUCGCCGUGGCCCCGUCAGCCUUUCGGCGCCACAUUGCCCGGGACGCAGAUCGAAGGGGGUCUUUUAGGGGCAGGGGAGGACACCCUCACCCUGCGUCUUCCUGGCUCACUUCGAAGAGGGCUGCCCGGGCACCAGCCCUCAGCAGCAGCGGCUCCCACCGGGGCCUCAUCCCGCCUCCAACUCAGCCUGGGCCACUGGGCAGCCUUUAAAGGCGCUGUCCGUGGUGCUGAGCCCAACCCUGACGGGGCUCAGCACCGUGAUAGCUGCUCAGAGCUCAGACCGCAGCCUGGCGAGCCACUGGUGCCCCCACAGCUCCCUCGUGUAAGCUGGAUGCGCAACCGGGGAGCGCAGCGCCCAUCCUGGCUGAGGAUGAUGGAAUCAGCAGCCUGGCUCAUCUGGACGGCUCUGGGUCGAACAAGGCCUUGCAAUGGGGAGUCCCAUUUAACUCCGCCACCAAGCGGGAGAAAACCAUCCACCUCCUGUUGGGCCCGGACCAAAGGCCUCUUUACACUGGGAUCCGGCUCUUCCCAGCUGCUGCUCGGGGGGGGGGGUGUUGGGUUGGCCAGCUGCGUGUGGCACCAUGCCUUCCCCAAACAAGGGCAGAUGCACUCAGAAAUCCGAACAUCCCAAAGGGCCGGAAAACUCCUAGCAGCUGCAUCACUGGCCCUGCUGCGCGGAUGCAAAAGAUUUCACGUCUAUGCCAGAAGGCAAGGAUAAUCUGUAUUUCCCAUGAGGUCAAAACCCACCAUGCUCAGUUGUACCUGAUGCAGGUCUGGCGGAAUGGGAUUCUCAGAUUCCCGGGAGCGGGACCUGAACUCGGUGCCUCCUGUUCCAACAACUGCAGUGCCAUUUAGCUUCCUGGGUGCCUGGGUUUGCUUGGCCCAAUCCAAGUAUUGGUGCCUUGGAUCCUUCAGGAGGUGGAUGUGAAUUCAGGGGCUCUUGUUCCAGUAUUCUAUUGUGCAAUAUAAUUGGGGGAUCUUAUGGGGGGCGGGGAACAAACCCAAUUAACUUCCAGACCCUGUAGGUCUGAGUCCCAGGUGAGAGUCACGUGAUUAUACUUUGCAGUUACCUGUAGGUUUUUCCACACCAUUAGAGGGCAGUCGCCGAUCAGUCGCACGGCCCACUCCGAGUCGCAGGCGGAGGGAGGGAGCCUUGGCCCACGCGAUCCUUGCCAACCCGUCCCGGGUUCAAAAGCAGAGUGGCCUGGAUGACUCCCACAGAGUGAUUUCAGUUGGAAAGGGGUGCUUGUCCUCCUUCCAGGCAUGUGAGGGAUUGUUUGCAGCUCUCAGCAGCACUUUAAUGAAUGGAAACAGGGAGCUCAGCGGCGAGACUUGGUGGGGGGGGGGGGUCCCAGUGAGCGCCAUUCAACUCAACGGCAAGCCGGGGCAAAUCAAGGCAGGUCCCUCUUGCAGGUAACCCAACGCGGCCCAACCCAGACUGUGACCCUUCCGUGGUGCUUACUCCCGAGUAAGCAGGCCUAGGGUUGCGCUGCAAGGCUGGAGAACGUCUGUGAUGGGCUUGUCCCUUUCGGUUUUUCCUUUCCGAAGUCUUGAUCACUGAUCCUCACCGCGGGGCUUGGUCUCGCUUGUCUAAGCCUCUCUCCAUGUUCCGCUCGGGCUGGAAGCUUCUGGGACUUGGAAGACAUGUGCAUACGCUCCCUCACACUCACGGAUCUGUAUGUGUAUUGUUGUCUUUGUAGUGUUCUGGUUCCCCACCCCCUAAAUAAAAUAAUGUUCACCUCUCCA